AUCGCUGCUGAAGUCGCUCAUUCCAAAAGCCGGAAGAAUGUUCGGCGAAAUCGAAGCUCUCGUCAUCGUCUUCGCGGCAGCAGCAACCCUAGUAGCGUACGCCCGCCUCGCAGCCUCCCAUAUCCCUCCCGGCCACCGCCGUCUAUUAGCCCUCCUCCCAACCAUCCCCCCACUCUUCUUCCUCCCCCUCUCCUUCUCCUCUCUUCACCUCCGAGCCAUCUCAGCCUUCUUCCUCGCCUGGCUCGCCGUCUUCAAACUCCUUCUUCUAUCCUUCGAUUCCGGACCCCUCUCCCCUUCUCUCCCUUUCAUCACGUUCCUCUCCAUCGCCGUUCUUCCCGUCAAGAUCCGACCGAUUUCUCCCUCCCCCAAGCCCAAACCCCCGCACCUCAUUCCCACCGCCAUCAAAGCCAUCCUCCUCUCCCUCCUCAUCCCACUGUACUACUACCGCGAUAGAUUUCCGCAUUAUCUCCUCCUCACCAUCUUCUGCCUCCACAUUUACCUCGUACUCGAUAUCGUACUCGCCGCUGCGGCUUUUCCCGCCGGCAGCCUGCUUGGCUUCGAUCUCGAGCCCCAAUUCAACGCUCCUUACCUCUCCACCUCUCUGCAAGAUUUCUGGGGACGGCGAUGGAACCUUAUGGUCACUGCAAUCCUACGGCCAUCCGUGUACGGCCCCGUGCGUGCGCGCUGGGGCUCGGCUGCUGGCGUCAUGGCUACGUUCCUUGUCUCCGGCUUGAUGCACGAGCUUAUGGCCUAUUAUAUCACAUUAGCGCUGCCGACAGGGGAGCUUUCGUGCUUCUUUGUGCUUCACGGAGUGUGUACGGCGGUGGAAACGCGGGUAAAGAGGGUGGCGAAACGAAACGCCGGCGAGGGCUGGAGGGUGAAUCCGGUUGUGUCGGCGGCCAUGACUUUGGGAUUUCUGGUGUUGACGGGGUUUUGGUUGUUUUUUCCGCCACUGGUAAGGGAUGGGUCGGAUCAGCGGGCUAUAGAAGAGUGCAUGUGGGCGAUGAGGGUUUUGGAAAGUGGAGGUCGAUUGAUUUUACGACGGUUACGGUUUGGUAAUGGAUAG